AUGUCUGACGGGAAAACGCCCUUGCCGCUCUCGUUCAUCGUGAUCGGUGGUAGCAUCGCUGGGUUGGCGUGCGCGUACAGCCUGCACCGAGCUGGUCAUGAAGUAACCGUGAUCGAAAAGGCAAGCGGGCCCGAGUGUCGAAGAGGAGCCAUCAGAUCGCCUCCGAAUAUGACUCGGAUUCUGAAGGAAUGGGGCCUGCAAAGCUCACUAGAACAAAUGGGAAUCAAGAAUGCCAGGAUCAAUUUUAGACAAUGUGACACGGGCGAGAAAAUAGGGACGAUCAUCUUUCAUGACCAAAUCAUGAAAGCCUUCAGAGCGGAUUACCUAUUUCUCGAGUACGGGAGACUCUGGUCAUUGCUGCACGGCCUUGUUACCGAGGCGGGGGUCAAUAUCCGUUUCAAGUCGCUAGCAACGGCGGUGGAUCCGCAAAAACCCACGGUUUCGAUUGCGAAUGGGGAAAGUUUGACCUGCGACAUUGUUGUGGGUGCAGACGGGUACGAGAGCGUGGCCCGGCGAUGUAUACUAGGUGGUCAGACGAGAGGUACUGUGGAUAAGAGGUGUAACUUUACAUUAACAGUCCCCACGCGUGUCAUGAAGACAGACGCGGAUUUGAAAUAUUUUGCCGAAGCCCCGGAGUGGAAUGCAUGGCUAGGGAACGGGUCGUGUAUACACGGACAUCUUGGAUCUAAUGACUGGUACACGCUAUAUCUUGUCAUUCCUUCUGAUGCCCCCCCGGACUUCCGGGAAAACUGGGACGGCGAAUGCUCUCUGGAUCAGCUCAAGCUAGAUCUCGGGCAGUAUGACAAAAGACUACACAAGCUGAUGCAAAUGGCAGAGACAGUUGUUCCUGUGAAAUUCGUGUCCCACGAACCGUUCGAGAGCCUAGUCCACGAAAGCGGCAAGGUUCUCGUGGUCGGCGACGCCGCACAUCCAAUACCUCCUCACCGAGAUCUCAACACUUCCAGCGCCGUCGAGGACGCAAUGACCUUCGGCUCCAUGUUCUCGCGCCUGACAGACCGAGACCAAAUCGGGAGUCUAGUGACGGCUUUCGAGGACAUCCGCCAGCCGCGCUCGGUCAAGGUCGUCAAGUCCGAGCACCACCGCCUCGACUUCCUCUCGCUGCCCUUUGGCCCGGAGCAGAAGGCCCGCGACGACGGUCUGCGCGCGGCGCUGGAGCUCGCGCAGCUGGACUGGGACAGCGCCGACGAGGAUUACCUGCGGGAGACGUGGGAGGACUACAUUGCCAUGUUCAACUAUGAUGCGAGGGAGGUGGUUGACGAUUGGUGGACGAAGUGGGGCCCUGUUAUGCGUCGCGCGAGCGUGUCGCAGAAGCAGACGUAG